CGCAUUGCCCAUGCGCGGUGGGGCGUUGCGCGUUUAGGGUGCGUCAUCGCGGUGCGUAAGCAUUACGUAACCCUGUUGUGACGUCGCCGGGCUUGAGGGCUCCCGUUGUUCUCCCCUGUCGCUCCGCAGCCUGCGCCUGGCUGUCGCGGGGUGGCUCGUUGCGGGGCCGGCGCGGCGCGGGGUGCGGAGGAGCGGGCGCGGGGUUUAUGGCGGCGGCACUGUCCGCCCUGGCUGCCAGGCUGUCGCAGUCGGCCGCCGCCAGGUCCUACGGCGUGUUCUGCAAGGGGCUGACCCGGACCCUGCUCAUCUUCUUUGACCUGGCCUGGAAGCUCCGCAUCAACUUCCCCUACCUCUACAUCGUGGCCUCUAUGAUGCUCAACGUGCGGCUGCAGGUUCAUAUUGAGAUACACUGACUUGUGACUUGGUGUGCUUCUUAUGCUUCAAGGAUAGUUAAUCAAAUCUUGUAUUCCUGUUUCA